CGCAAGGCGUUCCAAAUUGCGCCCGUCGCCGGAAAGCUGGCUUGAUCCGGACACCUCCGUUGUACGCCACAAAAGGCACAAAAGGAGCAGACCGGAUGGAUCGACAAUUCGUUUCGUACGGAGCAAGCGUACCGCACGGGGCGGAGUGGUAUGUGGUUGAUUGUUGCGUCUCAUCCAUGGUUCUGAUUCAUGGGUGGAUUCGUUCGUUCCGACGAGGAGAAUUUUAGUCGAGGAUGUGUCGGUGCGGCCCAGCAUCUGCUUUCGACUGCCCAAUGUGCAAUCGUGACGAGCUCUGCUGUGCUGUUUGUUCGUUGUGAUUCAACCACCAUCUGCCUCUGCGCUAGCAUCUUUUCAUGUGCCAGCGCCGGUGGUACUUCUAGUUAGCGAUACCUUAUGACGUUGAGUAGUUGCGUAGUCGUUUUAGUAUUUGUUUGCCGCAGAUGUUUGCCUCGUCGUUCUUCUCAAUACCCACUUGGAGAACGGAUCGAAUCGUAGAAAGAAGAACCCAGGAAGAUGGGAUGGAGCACGUUGCGACUCCGAUGGUCGGUAGUCAGCAUGGAGAGUGGUUGGUCGCCGUGUAUUCAAGGAAGGAAUCCCAAGCAGGCAACCGCAUCGACUCAAAGGUAUCCGAACGAGUACGAAGGGCUUCCGUGGUGGUGUUGUGGUGGAUGAUUUUGUGUCUUGGUCGGGGAACAUGCGUUCCUGGUACAGAACCCGCGUUCUCUUAGGGAAGAAUGCGAUGCGCUUUUGAAGCAUAUGGCCGCAGCUUUUGCCACAUGCCUUCGGGUUCUGGCGUUGCACAGCUGCUUACGAUACGGUUCCCCCGAACCCUUCCGAACAGUAGAAUGUGUACCGAUUCGUCGAGACGUACUCGGCGAAUUUAGUUCGAAUGUCACUGACUGGUGACUACCACUGCCACAGCACUAGUACUUGUUCCGGGGGAUCGGAUUCGAUCGCAAACGGUCGCAUCAUGUUCAUUGAUUCGAUCGAAUACGAGAAGAAUGCCAUUCGUUUUCGCUUUUGCUUCCGAAGUACGGCUGUCGAAUGGGUACCAGGGUAGCAAGUGGGAUCAGCGGCAUGUCCGAAAAUGCACACCCCAGCACAGAGACUGUGGUUCAGUACGACAGAACAUCCGAAGAAGGCAAAAGAAGUCAACGGCAAUCGUACAACAACUCCCGACUGACUCGGCGAAUUUAGUUCCAAACGGUCAGAACGCAGAAACAGAUGCAGGUUUGUGUCACAACAGGCUGAUUCUCCGAAUGUGCGUAGGCAUUGUUUUCGAUCGUACGGUAUUUUUGAUGAAUAGAAGAAUGCAUUCGAAAUUAAAUUUAAGUAACGAUUUUUAAAGUCGAGUCAAAGAUGGCAGGUUUUUCCCAAUCUUAGUCAAUCCUAGGGCGAUUCACUCGUCGGACUGCACAAUCCACGCUUCGUUGAACCUACUGAUCGACUAGUACUCUUACCUCCGGGGGCUUCAAAUUGCUGUCGUCGUUGUCGUUCUGAAUCAAUCAAUCCAUCUGUCCAGUCCAACCUGUCAACCGUGACGCCAAUAUCGAGUUUUGAAGAAGAACUUACACAUCGAGCGUCAUAAGAAGAAUGCACUAUGCUCACUCACUACGAGUACCUGUAUUUGAUGAGUGGACGACUAUUUUUGGUCUCACCCAGAUCGCUAGAAGAACGACUUAGAACGCGUAUCGAAGUCAAUAAAUAAUAGCCCAUAGUAAUCUGCUACGUAAAAUUUGUUAAAUGAAAUUCCCUAGAAACAAGUUAAAAAAUAACUGGGACCGCGCGCUUCCGAUGCCCUCGCAAGCUCUGUGGAAGAAUCUGGAUCACGGAAGCGUGAAGAACGCGUUCUUCUUUGGUGUCAGUCAGCCAUGCCACCUCCACACCAUCGAAGGACAACCAGCUGGGGCAUUCUCUCAAAAGUGGGACGAACCUGCUUUCUUCAACACGUCGGUGGAGCAUUCUUUUUCUUGCAUUCCAUUUUUUACGUACUUUCCUUACUGCGGCGAACAGCACAUUGGUGAUUGCAUCAGAGGACGAAGACCAGUGCUAUCACAUCAUCGUUGCAACAUCAGACCAUAGUUGUAACAUAUCAGCAAAGAAACAUAGUCACCAUAGAGACUUACAAGAAUCACGACUACGCUAGUUGAAACUACUAACGGUUACUUACUCACAUCAAUACAUAAACCGUCCCGAUGCCUUUCAUAAUGUCAAAAAAGCUAAACUCAAACGUUCGGAAACGGCACAACACCACAAGUUGCCCACACAUUACCACUGCUGACGGCAAAACCAUGCUCUCCACUCCAGUUCUCACCUUAGAUCUCGCACGCCUCGCAAAGAUCCGCAACGCCUCGAUUCAAUCCGUCAAGGGAUUUUCUCCCAACCACCUCAACAUUAGCGCUGUUGUCUCGAAGAAGCGCCCCCGCAGCAGCAGCAACGGAGAGUGCGAUUCCUCGGCGUGUUCUUCUUCCUCUGCUACCAACACUCCCACCGCGGCACUCCCCACAGAUGUUUCGGACCUCAGCCCCUCGGAAUACCUCAAAACCAUCUUUCGCGCCAACGGCUUUUCCGACCUCGAGUCGAUCGCCAAGAACUGCGAGCCCCGUUUCCUCCCGGUCACCACGGCCAUGAUGGAGGCCUACCACACGGAGAUCCUCAACGCCGUCCGGUCCAAUAACCUCGAGCAGGCCCAGGCCCUCUACCGGGCGGGUGGCUUCCAGCACGGGUGCAACGCCUGCAACCGUUUCGGCGAGUCUAUCCUGCACAUUGCCUGCCGGAGGGGAAACCUGGGGAUGGUCCGCUUUUUCGUAGAGGAGGUGGGCCUGGACGUGACCGCCAUCCGCGACGACUAUCACCGGACCCCCCUGCACGACGCCUUUUGGACGUCGACGGCCUCCUACGAGGUCGUCGAUUUCCUGCUGCGCCAGCCGCACGUUCCAGACCUCUUGCUGUGCAAGGACAAGCGGGGCUUUACUCCGCUGGACUAUUCCCGGGGCGAGGACCGCGGACGGUGGCUCGACUUUCUGAGCGAGCGCAGCGCCAUUCUGAGGCCGUACCAAGCGGAGAAAACGAGCAGCUCCGAGUCGCCGUGCAAGCGGAUGCGGGUGGUGGCCUAGGCAACCGACGACCGCUGCUUGCAACCAAGCUCGAACACGAGCCAUGCUUUGAGCGGGCGCUGCUAACUACUAGCCAGCAGCCCAGACACAAACAUAACCUACGAAUAGACUACUGUAAUAGAC